AUGAUCUUCUUUGAAGCAAUCGGUUACCUGCUUUGGAUUCUCGCGCUGGUAGCAUUUGUCGCCUCACCAUACCUCACCCGUCUGUUAUAUCGCGGAAAGUUCUGGGGCUCCCAAGCUUGGCUCUUCGGGUUUGAGAGAUACGCAGACCUGAAAACGAUUAAAAGUCAAAUGUUUGGAGCGAGAAUGCGUCGCCUGCGCUGGAGCGCCUUUGGCUCAUCCCUCUCUCGUCACACGACUGAUCUGUCGUCUGUCGAGUGUGUCGCUGUCGAUCCAACCACAGAUCCUGAAAUCGAACGCAAAGUCGGACAGUGCGCGAAUGCACGAGUCCAGAUGGAAUCGAAUAUUCACACUGGUGGAUACCAACACAAUGACCUAAGGCCACCGACUGUUGUUCUUCUGUGCGCAUCGGAGGGAGGCAUGCAGCGAGCUAUUGCCUGUUCGUAUCAGAGGACAACGGGAACAUGCUAUCGAGAAACGAUCCUUCGCAUGGAAACCCCUGUUCUGGAGAAUAUGUCACGGGUUUCGAGAGUCAAGGUGGGAGUGCUGUCAGGAGGGAAAAUGAGAAGUUGCCAGGAAUAA